CAGCCCUGGCGGGCGGCCAGGAGGCUCCCUCCAGCCACCGCCCCUCGCCAGCGCCUGGCCCCUUCCCAUGCGAUCCACAGUCUUCCUUCCUCAGUUCCCUUCCAUCACGGCCCAGGGAGACCUCCUCCGAGCCUGAGCCUGCAUCCAGCCGCGCCGGCAUGUCUGGAGGCAAAUACGUGGACUCGGAGGGCCAUCUGUACACGGUCCCCGCUCGGGAGCAGGGCAACAUCUACAAGCCCAACAACAAGGCCAUGGCAGACGACGUGGGCGAGAAGCAAGUGUACGACGCGCACACCAAGGAGAUCGACUUGGUCAACCGCGACCCCAAGCAUCUGAACGACGACGUGGUCAAGAUUGACUUUGAAGACGUGAUUGCAGAGCCGGAAGGGACCCACAGCUUUGACGGCAUCUGGAAGGCCAGCUUCACCACCUUCACUGUGACGAAGUACUGGUUCUACCGCCUGCUCUCCACCCUGUUUGGCAUCCCAAUGGCGCUCAUCUGGGGCAUUUACUUUGCCAUUCUCUCUUUCCUGCACAUCUGGGCAGUUGUGCCAUGCAUUAAGAGCUUCCUCAUUGAGAUUCAGUGCAUCAGCCGUGUCUAUUCCAUCUACGUGCACACCUUCUGUGACCCACUCUUUGAAGCUAUUGGCAAAAUAUUCAGCAAUAUCCGCAUCAACACGCAGAAAGAAAUCUAAAUGACAUUUCAAGGAUAGAAAUAUUCCUGAUGUUUUCCUUUUACUCUUCUCGGUGCCGAUCCCGAGUUUUGAGCUGCUAGUACAGCAGCAGUUCAUGAAUGAUGUGGCUUGGUCCAGAACAAAGAAAUCACUCUCCCUCUCAGCUUUCAUAACUAGUAUUUGUCUCUCCUAAGCGAUCUCAUCUAUUUUUGGUGGUAUGAGUCUUUUUAAACCCAUUCCAAGUUUUUUCUUAUAUUUUGAUUUCCAUGUGGAUCAUUGUUUUACUGGCUAAAAUAUGAAUGUAUCAUUGAAAGAUAAUUUUGGGGAAAUGUAAAAACAAAAAACCUGAGGAGGAGAAAAAAGAGAACCAGUAACCUCUACCGCCUACUUUAGAUGUUGAUUAUUUUAAGGAAGUGAAGAUUCCAGGCUAUGGCCAUGGUUGUAUAGGUGUGCAGGAAGAUUAUAAGCAGCCAUUCCCCCAGCAGCACCUGAGCAGUCAGUGAAUUGCUGUCAUUUUCCUUCAUGAUCCGAUAGGAUCCUGAGGUCCUUAGGAAGUUAGAAAGUAUGAUCCUCUGCCUCUGCAAGAUCCCACUGAUGCCUUACUUUUCUUAAAAUUUUAACCUAUGAUAUUUUUGUGCCUGAAUAGUGGUUCUUAUGAGGCCGUGGGACUUCAGUGCCUUCCUACCUUCCACACUUGCCUUUUCAAGUAGGGUCUAGCUCAAAAACAAGUGAGUAGCUCCCUGGAAGACCAAACUUAGGAAUUCUGACUCUGAGAUGCAGAAUCUGGUGAAGCUCAGAUCUACAAGUGAUCAUGUAAUAUCUUUAUCCACGGUGAUUGUGGUCAACAUCAGCCCAGUGAAAUAAAUUAAAGUGGACAAAUGCGGCUGAUGGGACUGAGCCCUCUCUGGGCCGGCAGGGGUGGAAGCCAACUUUUCCUGCCUCUCAUCAGAGUAAUGAGGUCAGCGUGUCUAUUCAGCGUCGUUUAUUUUCAAGAAUAAUCACGCUUUCCUGAAUCCAAACUAAUCCAUCCCAGGGGUGGCUUAGUGGCUCUGAUUGUGUUCCCUUUUCGGGUGGCCAGUGGGCCUCCAGGGAAAGGCUGUCAGAAUGAAAGCCAUUGUGUGCGGCUGUCGGACCUGUGGCAAGCACGAGCCCUCCUAAGCGGGGCGCCCCUGGCAGCCCUCGCUACGCUGUGGCACUGGGCCCCUCCCACUGCUGGGAUCCUCUCACCUAAUCCCGUGGUCAUUUGUUCAGAGAGAUGGGGUGGGGGGCAGUCAGAAAAGACUGAAGGAACUUUGCUGGAAUAAGGUCAAGUUUUUCUGAACUCAAACUGAGGAAUUUCACCUGUAAACCUGAGUCAUACAGAAAGCUGCCUGGUGCAUCCCAAAGCUUUUCAUUCCUUUGCUCAUGUUGCAUUUGCGGCCCUUGGGAACUUUUUUAACCUCCAGUUAUGCUUUUAUGUUUAUUUUCAUGCACUUAAUGAAACUCUGCUUAACUUUUUGCUUCCCUUGGUCUUCCUGACCCUUUCCCAAUCUCUUACGUACUUUGCCUGUUUGCAUUUAAAACAGACACUGGCAUGGGCAUAGUUUGACUUCAACCUGUGUCCAUAACCGAAAAAUGUACUCUAUGCCAUACUUUGUAAAUGUAAAGAUAUUUUUGUCUUUAUAUUAAAAAUCACUUGGGAAAUGACUCCGAUUCAGUCUGUAAACUGUGUAUCCCAAGACAUGUCUGUUCUACUUAGAUGCUUAGCUUCUCGUGCAAAUCAAUUGCUGGUCCAAACGAUUGCUGAAAUUUUAUAUGCUUACUCAUAUAUUUUACACUUUUUUAUCUGCAUGUCCUAUAAAGGUUAUAAAUCUGCACAAUAAAAAUGUUUAACAGUUAA